AGCAGGAUUCCACGAGUAAGUUAUGACGAAAACGUCAAUGUAUUAUCGAAUGAUAUGGAUUUACACAUAGAUCCGCAAUGCCUGAGUUUUGUUUAAGUUGUCUGCAUCAAUUCAGUAAACGUCACACGUCACCUAUCCCAAUUUGACAGAAGUGACAUACAAAAAAAAAGAGCAAAGAAGUGAAGAAACGAAUUAAGAAAGUAGACAACAUGUACACGACGAUUUUUUUCUAAUUGAAAUACCAAGAAAAACGACUUGUUGGAAUCGAUUUUGAAUGGUGUGUGUGACGAGACUGUAGCAUUUAAUAGCGGAAAUCAUCAGUUGAAUCGAGCCGAAAACCACGACCGUGCAUUUGUGAGCUGAAAUCUCUUUUGGUGAUUACCGCACACAAAUUGCAAAAUCAUGUCUCUGCCAGGCAACGGAAUAUUCGUGCUACGAGGCGAAAUCUCCACAUUGAUGACAGCCAUUAAACGUGGCGCUCGAUGGAACAGCUCAAAUUAUCAGGAGGAAGAACAAGAUGGUCUGAUGAAGCAGUUCAGUGAGCUGAAAAAUCUGCUGAUCAAUAUCGAAGAUUUGCGAUUGAUUGAACCAAAGAUUUUUCUUGGGCCAUUUCUUGAAGUGAUUCGUUCUGAGGAGACCACCGGACAAAUUACAAGCCUCGCAUUAUCUGCAUUGAAUAAAUUCCUUUCGUAUGGCCUUAUAGAUCCGACUCACUCGACAAUUGCAACGACGGCCGAUAGCAUUGCUGAUGCGGUGACGCAUGCCCGUUUUGUUGGUUCCGAUCAGGCAUCGGAUGGUGUGGUCUUAAUGAAGGUUGUACAAGUGCUACGUACGCUCAUUCUCAACCCCGAAGGCAGUGCAUUAACCGAUGAAAGUGUUUGUGAAGUGAUGCUUAGUUGUAUUCGUAUUGUGUUUGAGCCACGUCUCAAUGAGUUGCUGAGACGAACGGCUGAACAGGUUUUAAAAGAUAUUGUGCUGUUGUUGUUUAUGCGUUUGCCACAAUUUGCUGAGGAACGUCAUACGGGUUUGAUACGAAAGCUAAAGAUGAUGUCAAGUGGCGGUGGCAUGGAAACAUCGGGUAAACGUCGACGAUCGACAAAAAGUUUAACCAAAACCAACACCUUACAACAUAGUAGUAAACCAAUAUCGAACGCAACAAAGAAUAUGCUCACUACUCCAGCGAUUCGAUGUACUGAAGCUAGUGAAGCAAAUACACCAAAGGCAUCGAUAACUGUCGAUAAUGCCACGGUCACACCAAACCAAGCACUGUUAAGUGUACAAAAAUCCAUUUUAGCCACAACACCAUCCACACCGCUUGUCGGUAAUAUUGUUGAUAUGCAAGGUAAAUUCAUGCAAACACCACAUCCAGAUGGUGACGAUAAAUGCGAUCCAAGCACGCUAAGCGAUUCAAAAAGUGACAACAAUGAUGGCGCCUCCAAUUCCAAUUCGGUCGACGGAACAAUCGAUGAAAAUGCCGAAAAUGAUGCAGACGUCGAAGACGAACCAACCAUCAAUAAUGAGAACAGUGCACAGCCAUCCAUUGUCAUUGAGAACAAAGAAGAAAACGCAAGUACUAGCCUAGAUGCAAAUCCCAUUGUAAAAGGUGAGGAUUUUGUUAAUUCUAUGGGAGUUAGAUUUACACCACAAACAGAAAAUGAAUCAAUGUCUGGCGCUACAUUGACACCAUAUGGGCUGCCAUUGAUACACGAGCUGUUGCGAUUUUUGAUAUCGCUGGUAAAUCCAUUGGACAAACAAAACUCGGAUGUUAUGAUCCACAUGGGAUUGAGUCUAUUGACCAUCGCCUUGGAAGUUGGAGCCGAUAGCAUCGGAAAGUAUGAUUCGUUACUCGAAAUGGUCAAAGAUGAUUUGUGCCGGAAUCUUUUUGCGCUUUUGAGUACGGAGCGUCUAACAAUUUUCGCAGCCGAUUUGCAAGUGUGUUUCUUGUUAUUCGAAUCGCAACGUAGCUGGCUGAAAUUCCAUUUAGAAUAUUAUUUGAAUAAAUUGGCUGAAAUAAUCGGCAGUGAAAAUCCACGAACGCCAUAUGAAAUCCGUGAACUAGCUCUAGACAAUUUGUUACAAUUCCUUCGAAUACCAUCGUUUGCAGCUGAAUUGUACAUCAAUUACGAUUGCAAUCUGUAUUGUACGAAUUUGCUGGAAGAUUUGGUAAAAUUGUUGUCGAAAAAUUCGCUAUCAGCAACACAGGCAAUUUACACCAUCCACGAUUUAUCGCUGGAUGGUUUGAUGACAAUUGUUGGUGAUAUCGAAAAGAAUUGCUCAAAGCAAGUGGUAAAGAACAGUUCCAGUGUAACCGUUGGCAUCGUUGGUGGUCACCACUCACGGAAUAAUUCGACUACCGAUAAAAUUACACUGGACCAUAAUAACAGCAGUGAUGUGAUGGUCACAACUAGUGGCGGCGAGGAGAGUGGUGCGAUUGAGUCUAUUCACAGUUUUAUGAACAAAAAGAAACCAUCCAAUGCCAAUAUCGAUACGAUUGAUGAAGGAUUAGCGGCGCAUGAGACUCAAAAUAAAUUUGAUGUCAUCACCCAUGAUCAACUGAUUGAAGUCAAAGAUAGAAAACGCAUUCUAACCCAAGGCACUGAACUGUUCAAUCAACGACCGGACAAAGGCAUUCAAUUUUUACAAGAAAAUGGAUACUUGAAGCCAGAACUUGAUCCAGCCGAAGUGGCACAUUUUCUACGUGAUAACUCAAGCCUCGACAAGAAAAUGAUCGGCGAAUAUAUUAGCAAAAAGAAGAAUGUGGAGAGUAAAAUUCUGGAGAAUUUCGUGAAAUCGUUCAAUUUCGAGAAUAUGCGCAUCGAUUUAGCGUUGCGACAAUACUUGGAAACGUUCCGUUUACCGGGCGAAGCGCCGCUUAUUUUCUUGGUGUUAGAACAUUUUGCCGAUCAUUGGCAUAAAAUGAAUGGCGAACCAUUCACCAACACUGAUGCCGCAUUCAGUCUUGCUUAUGCCAUUAUCAUGUUGAAUAUGGAUCAACACAAUACCAACGCAAAGCGUUUGAAUAUUCCCAUGUCGGCGGAUGAUUUUACGAAAAAUUUGCGCGGUGUGAAUGGCAAAGGUGAUUUUGAUCAAGAUAUGUUGAAGGGGAUAUUCGAUUCAAUUAAAAAUGAGGAAAUUAUUAUGCCUGCCGAACAAACGGGACUAGUGCGUGAGAAUUAUCUAUGGAAAGUGUUGUUGCGUCGAAAUAAAACCAAAGAUGGCCGUUAUUUGCGUGUGAAUGGCGCAUCGCUUGACAAAGAUAUAUUCCAAUUGGUGUGGGGUCCAACGUUGGCCGCACUCAGUUUCAUGUUUGAUCGAUCGUCCGUCGAAAGUACAUAUCAUAAAUCGUUGGUUGCAUUCACAAAAGGCGCCGCGAUCUCAUCACAUUUCAUGCUGCACGAUGAUUUCAAUGCGCUCAUUUUGACGCUGUGCAAAUUUACAACGUUAUUGAAUAAUUUGAAUGCUUCGAGUACGGACGCUGGUUUAGCGCACGUUGCAAAUCCAUCGGUGAACACGACGAAUGAAAUAUCGACCAGCGUUCAGUUUGGUUUGAAUGUCAAGGCUCAACUGGCAAUGAAGGGUGUAUUUGCAAUGGUUCACAAGCAUGGCGACUGUUUGCGAUGCGAUGGCUGGAAGAAUGUGAUCGAAGUCAUUUUGCAGCUGUUCAAAUUGAAGUUAUUACCAAAGAUUCUGAUGGAGGUGGAAGAUUUCUGCGAACCAAGCGGCAAAGUGACACUGAUUCUGGAGAAACCGUUGCAAAAGCAAGAGGUCGGUCUGUUCAGUAGUAUUUACAUGUAUUUGGCAUCAGAUGGCCAACGACAGCCCACGUACGAGGAACAGGAAAUCAUCAAAGUCGUACGAAAAUGUGUCCGAGAAUGCCAACUUGAUCAGAUUAUCGGCGAAUCGAAAUUCCUUCAUGUUGACGCACUCAAACAACUCAUUCAGUGUCUUUUGAAUUGGUUGAAACCACCAAGCGUUCCGAAAGCGGAAAACAUUUCUUACGCCGAAGACACAACCGUUUUCUUGUUGGAAUUCUUAGUGAAAAUUUUGAUACAAAAUCGAGAUCGGCUGCUGCCGUUGUGGUCAGAUUGUCGUGAUCAAAUUUAUCUACUGCUUUUGGGUAGCUCGUCUUAUGGUUACAAUUAUUUACUACUUCGAACAACCGUUGGCCUUCUCAAACUUGCCAUUUAUUUAAUGCGCAACGAAGACCUUUGUCCCGUGGUGUUGCAAAGCUUGAAAAUGUUUUUACUCCUCAAUCCGAACAUCAUACUGAAAAUAUCUAAACAAAUUUCCACCGGAUUGUAUGAGCUACUCAAAACAAGUGCGCAAAAUAUUCACACCGAAAGCGAUUGGGAUAUAAUAUUCACGUUAUUGGAAUGUGUUGGCGCUGGCGCAAUCCCGGCUGAUUACGAAGAAUCAUUGACAUUGACACAAGCCUAUCUAGGAGCAAAAUCUGAGGGAGCAUUGAGCAGUGGCGAAGAGGAAUCAGCAUCGGCUGCAAUAGCACAGGCUCGUGGUUAUAUAUCUGAUCCAGAGAUAUCGACGCGUCUGCACACCGAUACAACGGCUGCAGCCGCUAAAACACCAACACAAGAGAACUGGAUCAUCGUGAAUAAUAAGGAUUCGGAUGUGACGGUUACAUCGCGUCCAAACUCACCCAUUCAUUCGCUCGUUUAUCCAUGUAAAUUGAUGCGGCAUUCAACAUUUGCAUUGGUUAAAUGCUGGGACAGUUUGGCGUUUAUCGUUCGUAAUGUGGCCCAUAUAACGCCGUACAAUUUCGAAAGCUGUGUUAAAUGCAUUCGAACAUUUGUCGAAGCAUCAAUAAAUGGUGGCAAUCUGAAUCCAAAUGCUUCGGUAAAUCGAAAACCACAUCAUAACCGGAAUCCUAGCCGAAAAGUCAGCCACAAACGACGCGAACAAUUGCAGGCGAAUAACGGCGGUGUGGCCAAUGCAAGCGCACCGAGCGCUGAAUAUCCAUUGCUACAUGACAGUGAUGAUGAGAACGAGGAUGGUGAGCUAUUGCAACGCUACGAAACGAUUUCCAUCCAGUUGCUCGAUUUGAUGCACACACUGCAUACAAGAACCGCUCAAAUAUUCCGCUGGUGGGCCGAAGAAAAUGGCUCAUUGCCACAGGGCUCACGACUAUGGAGCAUUGGGUGGUGUCCAAUUCUACAGGGAAUCGCAAGAUUGGCCACUGAUCAACGCAAACAAGUUCGAACAAGUGCAGUCACGUGGUUGCAACGAUCGUUGCUGGUUCAUGAUCUACAUACACUGACUGGACCCGAAUGGGAAUCAUGCUUUAAACAGGUACUAUUCCCACUUCUGUAUGACUUGUUGACUGAAGUGCCAACGGUUAAUAUUACGGGCAACGUUCUUGAGGAAUCACGCAUGCGAACGGCAACUAUCAUGUCGAAAGUGUUCUUACAUCAUUUGACACCAUUGAUAACACUGGCGAGUUUCAGCGAAUUAUGGUUGGAUAUUUUGGAUUAUAUUGAGAAAUUCAUGCGAGUCGGAUCGGAUAUGCUGCACGAGGCAAUGCUGGAGAGCUUGAAAAACAUGCUGUUGGUUAUGCAUUCGGUUCGUGUAUUCCACAACAAUGAUGGUGUGACGCAUUCGCCGCUGUGGGAGCUAACAUGGAAACGUGUCAAUCAAUUUUUGCCAAAUUUAAAGGAAGAACUGUUUGAUAAAGAGCCAAUGUUGUCGAAUCGUGGACAGAUGGAGUCUGCGCCAAGGUCACAGGUUGUGAGUCCAAGCUCACCACCGCUGGUUCAAAAUGUACAUUCGAUUCCGUCGAUUUCCAGCCCAAAUCAGCUGCAAUCACUGAUAAAUCCGAAUCAACUUGUGAAUAGUGCGUUACAACAGCAACAGCAGUUCCAACAGCCUCAGCAACAAGAAUUGCAACAUCAUCAACAACAACAACAACAACAACAAGCAACAUCGCAACAGCAACCUUUGUCCGCGCAAUCAAUUCCAAUCAGUAGUAUUAUUCUAGAACCACCGCAGAACACUUUCGUUCACCCGAGUAUUUCAUUAGUGAGUGGUGUCGAAGCACAGGCACAACCACAGAUCGUACCGCAGCAACUAGAGCACCAAAAUAUGUCCCAAAUCCAACAGCCAUUAAUACCAAGUUUUGUGCCUCACGUCGUGCCUGCCCCAGUUGAAGUGCAGUCAACGAUGGAACCUCCAGUGACCGUUUCACCAGCACACAGCCAACCAACACUGAUUGAGCAGACGAUUCCAUCCGAUCAAAUAGCAGCUGCGAUACAAUCAAAUUUGCCCGUUGCAUCGACUCCUGAGUCAAAUGAAUUAUAUGCCAAUUUUAAUACAUAUUGUGACAAGAGUCCGUGUAUUAAUCCGAAUUUUUCCAAGAUUAUUGAUUUGCCAGUGACGCCAUCGCCGCCGCCAAUCACCGAAGAACCAUCCGAAAAUAGCAUCGAUGAGUUGGCAUCGUCACCGAGCAAAACAAACGACCAAUCGCCAGCGCAUAUCGAAAAGCCAUUUGAGAGUCAAGAACCAAAAGUACCCCUAAGUCAUUUAAUUGCCACGAAUCAAUAUCCAAGCCUAAAUCGAAUUCCACCGGCGAAUAUUGUGCAAAGUUUUGCACCAGUUUACAAUCAACAGCAUUCAAACCAGCAAUCAUAUGCGGCCUGCAAUGAAAACGAAGAUCUUUACAGUUCAUACGUGAAUAAUCCAUACAAUUUGACGUUGCACGUUGAACAAAGUUUUAGCAACACUUCACCGACCACAACCAAUCAACUAUCUAGCGAGCAAUCAAGUGUCACCGCAACUGCUAGCAAUUUAAAUGUUUUCCAAUCGGUCAACUACUUUGGUGCAGCUUCGGAUGCACCCAUUCCACCGGGAUCAGAGAUGCUCUUCGGAAGUCCGUAGGAUAUAAUGUGCAACAUAACAUGAACAGGAACUGUAAAUUUGAUUUUAUUUCUUGAAAUUGGCUGCUCUAUCUUUGAUCAUGAAUAAAUAGAAGAAAAAAAUGCGCAUCAAAGAUCGAGCACUCGUUUCUCCUGACCAGAGCUUAGGAGUUACGAUGCGUUUAUUUAUACGUUGAUUAUAUGUAUACAUAUAUUUGUUUUUAUAUUCGUUACAAAAAAAACUCUUCUUUUUUUUCUUGCGGCAUAUUUGGUUUGCGUUUCGUUUCCUCAUUCAUUUUAAGUCAAUCGUUCGAACUUUCACGGCAUGCUGAAUAAAGUUCGAGCAUUGUUUUUUGAAAGAAAAAAGAUACAAUUUUGAAUGCAGUCUUAGUUCAUAUCAAAUGAUAGAAUAUAUUUAAAUAAACAAACGACAUGAAUGAAAAGUGAGCAAUUUUUUUUAUUCCAUACGUAAGCUCAUCAUUUCCAGCUACUAUUUAUACAGUGAACAAAUGAACGAUUUUUUUAGCCGACGAUGAUAUAGUAUAAACAUUCCCAGGGUCGUCUUUUUUUUAAAUGUCUGCACAUUCAACUAAAAAAACAAAUUUCGAGGAAACGUGUACUAAAUAUUAUUUAUGAACAUUUCAAAUAAGAUGAUGGAUAUCUCUUUAGUGUGAAAAUUCGAUAUAUUAAUAAAUUCGAACAUAAAUACAUUAUUUACACAUAUGAAAUGAA